ACUGUUUGCAGGAUAAGGGACUACGAUACGUCGGUGACUGUUUUCAGCAUCAGUUGAUUGCAAAUCAAUUCGAUCUAAUGCAAAAAGGUCUAUUUGCCAGAGAAUCGUUUAUUAGAAUGCUUGCUGGGUAAAUUCUGGCAACUUCUGUCUAGUUAGUAAACAAAACUACUGUGUUGGAUAAUAAUAAAUGACCUUAUUACGCUUAUAGCAAAAUGGUUAACAUGAAAAAUCAAAUCAACGAGAUACCAGAAAACAAUUAUUCUGCUAGCGAAAAUGAAAAGUGCAAAUCCGGCUUUAUUUCACAUACUCUUCAUCCUUUAGUGUAUUGGGCACAGACAAAAGAGAAGAUAUCCCUAAAAGUGGACAUAAAAGACUCAGAGCCACCUGUGGUCAAUCUCACGCCAAACUUAUUUACAUUUUCUUCCAAAGGCUAUGGUGCCCGUGGUUUCAAUGAUUACACAUUCGAAUUACACUUUUAUGCUGCUGUCAACGAAGAGAGCUGCACCUAUCGAGUUUUUGAUAACAAAGUUGAGUUCUUCAUUAAAAAAAAUGAUGUUACUUGGUGGCCUCGUUUAAUUUCAACUCUUCGGAAACCACAUUGGCUGAAAAUAGAUUUUGAGCGUUGGCGGACUGAUGAUGAAACGAUUGAGAACGAAAAGCCAUGCAAUGCCAUGGAAGGCAAUCCUGAAAAAGAGUUUGGAUACAUAAAAGAACGUGCUAAACAAGCAUAUAUGUUGCUUUACAACUUUGCCCAGUUUAUCGGAUAUUUAUACAUUCUCAGCGCGAUGAGUGUGAUGUAUUACCGCAAUGGUAUGAAAUCAAUUCCGAAAGCAUACGAAUCUGUAGGCGACGCAAUGAAAUUUUGCCAACUGCUGCAGUAUCUUGAAGUACUUCAUCCCAUUUUCGGAUACACAAAAGGUGGUGCAUUGAUACCAUUCUUCCAAGUUACGGGUCGGAAUUUUAUACUAUUUGCUAUGCUAGAGUUAGAGCCUCGCAUGCAGACAAAGCCAGUAGUUUUUUAUGUUUUUGGGAUUUGGUCAUGCAUUGAAAUAGUUCGGUACCCAUACUAUAUAACACAAAUUUUGAAAUACGAAAUAGGUAUACUCACCUGGUUGCGAUACACUCUUUGGAUACCGCUGUACCCUAUGGGAAUACUCUGCGAAGGCAUUAUAAUUCUACGUAAUCUACCCUACUUUGAGGAAACGAAAAAGAUGUCAGUUGAAAUGCCAAACAAAUGGAACUUCAUUUUUGACAUGACUGGUUUUAUGAAAAUCUAUUUAAUGUUAUUAAUAUUACCGGGAACUUAUUUGGUUAUGUCACAUAUGGCCAGAACACGAGCCAAAAAACUUAAUGGAAAACCUGCUCGAAGUUAUUGUGAUUAAGACGCAAAUAUGUUUAUACGUUCAAACGUUUUGUUCGAAAUAAUCUUCUAUCAUUCGGGUUAUAUAAGAAUAAAAUUACAUAUGAAAUAAUCUAA